UCUAAUGUUGUCAUCAAAAAAUCGUUGACAGUUAAAUGACAGGAACUGACACGAGGUAAAUAUUACAAAGUUUUCAGGAUUUUCGAAGAAAAAAUCUCGGAAAAAUGAAUGAUACAAAGCUGGAGAUGUUUGAGGAUGUUGGGGGUUAUGUUGAAGGUGAAAUGACGAUUCCUGGGAUGCAAAAAGGGGCCAAACCUGGCGAACCCGCAUUUAAUACUUUAGAUGAACCAAUUAAGGACACAAUACUAAGAGAUUUAAAAGCUGUUGGUGUUAAAUUUGCUUAUGUUUUAUUUCCUAAAGAGAAGAAAACACUUCUUAAAGAAUGGGAUUUGUGGGGACCUUUAGUUUUAUGUACUUUUAUGGCAAUGAUUUUACAAGGAUCAAAUACAGCAGAUGACACAAACGAUGGUGGUCCAGAAUUUGCUGAAGUUUUUGUAAUCGUAUGGAUAGGUUCUAUGAUAGUCACAUUAAAUUCUAAAUUAUUAGGUGGAAAUAUUUCAUUUUUUCAAAGUGUGUGUGUUUUGGGUUAUUGCCUCCUUCCAACAACAAUUUCAUUAAUAGUUUGUCGCGUAAUUUUAUUAGUGGAACAAACGAAUUUGUUGUUUUUUAUUAGAUUUGCAGUUUCAAUGGGAGGAUUUGCUUGGGCUACUUAUGCUUCAAUGAUUUUUCUUGGAGAUAGUCAAAAACCUGGCAGAAAGGGUCUUGCUGUGUAUCCAAUGUGCUUAUUUUAUUUUAUUAUAUCGUGGUUGGUGAUAUCUCAUACGAGUUCUUAAAUUUAUUUCCAUUAGUGUUAUUAAUAAUAAAGAAAAAAAACUUUA